AUUUAACUGUUUUAAUGCAACAAGAAAAAUCAUUUGAAUUUGUUUUAAAUUGUUUUUUUACAUGAGACGUAUAAAAAUAAAAGUGUUGUUUUUCUUAAUUUUUACCCUUAUAAAUUACUAGAAUUUUCGACAAAAACGUAUCAAGGAAAAAAAAAUUUUUGAUUCUAGCCAAAAGAUAAAUUGAACGUUUGACAAUCCAAAACACAUUUUCCUUUUCUUUUCGUUCCGAUUGAUGUCCUUGACUUUACAACAGUUCAAUAAAAGUGAAUUAUAGAAACAAGUGAGAGUUUUUUCAUAUUGAAAUGUAUCUUUUUUUUAAUAAUAAAUGUCGACUGGUAAAUAAAAGCUGUGAGUUCAUUUUUAACAGACGGGAGUUUUCUUUUUAAUGAAAAUUUAAUUCAUAUUUAAAAAUUUAAUUACGCUUUUUUUAAAAAAAAAAAAAUGACUUGUACAACCUCAUUAAAAUUAGCCAAAACGUUAAAACAAUUUCAUAACACAGAUUACACUACCCAAUGUGUUGAAACGAAUGUUUUUCAAAGUUGUUUGUGGAAUGAAGAAUCAAAUAACAAAGAACAUAUGCCUCCUAAAAAUAUAAAACUUGUUCAUAGUGUUGUUCAUGAAGAAUUGAAUCUUGUUAUUUUUUUAUUGAAACCGUUUACAUUACUCGUGUUGUCUGGAUAUCGCACUUGCCUUGAUAACGUCAAGGAAGAAUCACAUUUAGAAGAGGACCCAGAAAGUUCACCCCAUGAAGUUUUCAAUAAAGAAACUAAUAUGUUAGGGGAAUGGUAUCCUAAAGAGGAGCGUGAACAUCAAUUGAUGGAAUCUGUUGGAGAAUUUCAUACAAUCGCAAUUGCUCAGCAAGGAAUGUAUGUAUUUGUUGGGACAAAAUAUGGGUGUCUGGUAGUUUUUUCUUUAACCUUAAGUGAUACGUGGAAGGCUUCUUUUAUUUAUCAAGAGAAGAAUACGUCGAAGGAAUUUUUUGGUACCACAUCUCAGGUGUUUUUAAAACCGUUUGUGUGGAGUAAUAUUUCCAAAUUAAUUGAUGUACCUGAAGACGUGAAUGAAACGUCGUCUUUCGAUAUUCUAUCGCUGCAUGCCGUCAAUGUGUCUCAAGAAUAUGAGCAUUACGUCUUGGUCGCCCUUGUAGGUCCCGAUUACCUAGCUGUUGUGAAUUUUGAUAAAACGAAUGGUGUGACGCCUAUCGAUGUUCUCAAUUUACCAUCUAAAGCUACAAUUUCUAGCGUUUCUUCAGGAGGUUUUGUUUCAAAUCAAUGGACUUUAAACAUUCUUGUGUACGGUUGGGAUGCAAUCUUAUUUUUAAAAGCAACAGCUGCUUAUGUUGUUCUUUUGUCUUACAUAAAUGUUUCAAGUGUAUCUAGUUUUUUACCACUCCACCAGAGUUGUUUGUCUCAAGCACACCUACAAAAAGUGCAGGUUUCUUUUUCAUCUUUAUUGAAUCCUCAUUCCGAAGUUUAUAUUUGUUCCUGUUAUACACUACCUAACCAACAAAUUAUAAUAGUACUUUUAACGUUUAACUAUUUAACGCAACAUCUGACUAUCCAUUCAACAAUGUUACAAGGGAGUUUUUUAAAUGCAACGUUUCUUAUCCAUUCGUUAUCACACCACGUCACAUGCCACUCUCCUUGUCAUAUGUCUCUGGAUGCCUCUUGUUUGUGUGUGAUCACAUCACAAAACACCCAUCUUUUCAAUUUACCUUAUCUUUCGCUUGUGCAAACAUUACCUAAUCCUCUCAAUAUAUGUUUAGACCAAAUGCAUCAAAAGACAGAAGGAACUCAUUUAGAGACACAAGCGAUACAUCCAGAGGGACAGUCGCCUGAGCAAAACAAAUCAUCCGCGCCUUUUGCGUUAUCCGUGACGCUCACAAGUGCGAUUCCUUCUCAACAAAGCAUGAAAAGAAUCUUCUGUGAAAUAAAAAAACGGACUAUGUCUUCCUAUAAACUCAGCACACCUUUAGCUAUUUUUGUGAUGCAAUGCCCUAAUACGUUUCAUUUAAAAGGUAUCUGGUUCUGUCAUAAACAAGUGUACGAUUCGGCUUUAUCUUCAAACUCGCCUUAUCCGACCUCGUAUUCUUUGGUGGAUCCUUCAAAAAAUAUUCAAGAUAGCCUUUUCAUUUUAAAGCAACAAAUUGAAAUUUCCAUUGAAAGGGCUCGUAGCCAUCCUUCGACUCGAUUUUCGGAACCGUUGAAAUUUUGUGAUCAAAUAAAAAAUUUUAUCCAAGUGCAAAAAAACUCAACCAAAGGCGUUUCCCGCAAUUUCUUACUGUAUAUAGCGAACAUUGGAAAGUCCGCGGCUUUUAUAACCUUUCAUCAAACAAAAAUUUUUUUGAUGAGUCUUUUAGAGAUUUUGCUGGAUGAAGAAGAGGCGUGUAGAACAUUUGAGGAUCAUGAUACUAAAUCUUCUUCUAUUUUAGAAAGGGUUUUAGUCAAAUUAACCACAUUCGCUGUACUUCAUGGUAGUGAUCAUGCAAACUACGCGUUUGUUGAGAAAAGUCCCUCUCAAUCCGAUAAAAUAGAGCCUUCAGAAGAUCUCGACAUGUGGUUUGACGAAUCUGUGAGUUUACAAGAGAUCCAUUGGGUUAGUUGGACUCGAUUUCUUCAUAUGGACGUAUCCAAAGUUGCCUUUCAAUAUGCUAGCGGAGGGGACUUGCCGAAACUUUUCUUUUUACUGAAUCGACAUUUGAACGACAUUGAUAGAAAUAAGGUGGCACGGUCAGAAAAAGUAGGAAUUUAA